CUGUGCCACGAUGGGAACUCCUUCCUUUUCAUUUUUUAAGGCUGAUGCUUCCUGGAAGAUUGAUGUUAGAACUCUUUUUUUUUUUUUUUUUUAAAGGAAAACCCUUGUAGGUCUCUCAUGGUAAUUGAUCCAAGGCUGAAAACUCCUAACAGAGAAUCUAGCCAAGAGAUAGGGAGGCCUGCAUAACAGCAAGAGUCAGUCUGAGGAAGAAUUAUCUUGGUUAGGGCCAGUGGGAUUACCAUCCAUUGACAUCUUUUUAAAAGUAAAUUGGUUAAUCACCAUCUUUUAGCUAACUUCUUAACCAUCCUCCAGAAACAUGAGGCAGGGGGCACUUAUCCAUUAGGCACAAUAGGUAAGAUGCCUAAAUCCUAUGAUCUCAUGAAAAUGGUUUAAUUUCUUUCACAAAAAUGAUGCUGAAGACAGUGGAGUUUGUGAUGGCAAAAAUAGGAUAAAUCAAGUAUGGUACCAAGGAUAGGGCCCAUUAUGAGAAGCUAUUUUCAAUAUUUUGGAUAUUAACUCCUCCCAGAGCAUCUACAAAACACAUCUUGAAGGGAGACCCAUGAGUCCUCAAUCUGGCCUGACUCUCUUAUUUGACAAUAGGUAAAAUUUAUUUUUUUUUCUGAGCAGGAGAUCAGGAUGCUAUUUCUAGAGAAAGGGAGGGGGAAGGGGAAAGGUGGAAACAACUGGGUUUACAGCAGAAGCCCGGUAUAGAACCACCUGUGCUCUUGCAGAACACCUGCGACUAGAAGUGCUGGGGUGGAGUACAGAAGAGAAUGCAUACUCUACUUCAAUGUCCUGAACCUGUGCAAUGCAAGCGGUUUUAGAUGCACUAAGCUCUGGGCUGCAGGCUAUGCUUGCUCUGUUAUGUGGAUUCAUUACUAAAAACCUGAGUGCUUUAACUUUCUCAAGGUGUGUAUUGGGUUUCUUGCAGUUUAUCUGACUCAGAGUGCUUUUCAAAUCCAGCUGGAGAUCCUGCUCCUCCUAGAAGCAUGGUGGGCUCUUCAGAAAUACAGAGCAAGCAGCACCUAGUCAGUCAUUUCAGCUUAAUUACUAUCACGUGGCCUGUGCAGGCUACCAAAUAGGCAAGGUUGGACAAUAGUCCAAAAGUUUGGUCUCCAAACUUUUCCACAAGGGUUCUUGCAGAUAGUGUCAGGUCUCCUGCCUUCCCUAUACCUCCAAAAUCAGCUUGCAAAACUCAGUACAGCCCCUUCCUCAGAGCAGACCCUCUGCUGUGGUGGAGAGCAGUGAGCCGAACUGUAAGCCAGAGCCAGAAUUCCACCAGACGCUGCUUUCCCAGAAUACCCCUAUUUUUUUUUUUUUGCCACGCCCCAGCCACCUGCGUACGUAAGUUAAGUCCCACCCCCUUGUGAGUGGUGGUGAAGAGAAAGUCAAUAGCAACCGUUCAAAGAGUAGAGCAUAGGCCUUGAGCAUAAGGAGCCGAAACUGGUACCAGGCAUGAGAAAGAACGCCAUCCUCGGUCGCCGCCCGCAGCUCUCUGUGUUCGCAGUCCGCUGAGCUUGUGGAGACACAGGUUUCCAGACACUGGCUAUGGUUGCUCUGCCCAGGGGCCACUACUGUGACCCCAGAUGCAACUUCCUAAGAGUGUACAAAGAGGAAAUAAGAUCUGAAUCUAUUCAGACUCCAGCACCAGAAGCCAGAGAACGCUAAGUUGAGGAAGGAGAUUCGGGCGUCGUGGACCUUAGGGACCCUGAGGCUGCGAGAGCCACCAGGCCGGCCAUGGCUGCCGGGAGCAGGCAGCAGCCACCUGAGGAGUCAGGCCUCUGCCACGGAGGACAGCAGCUGCGAACUGGCUACCCUUCUAUUGUAAUUGCCACUGAAUGUUGUAACCCUGAGGUAUCCCAAGGGAGUGUCAUAAGCCAACAGCAGAAUUUUAGAAAGAACCUGGACGAAAGUCAAAUUUAUUGCCGUCAUUAACAAAUCUAGGGUGAAACUGUAAAUGGAGAAAAGAUGAAUUCAGUAGUCCCUGUUGCAGGUGGCUGAGGUUAAGAUUUCUCUCCCUUCUGCCCAAUGCUCUCAACCGAAAAUCUUGAUUGUGAAGAUGGAAGGGGUCCAACCCCUAGAUGAAAAUGUGGGAAACGCACCAGGACGAAGACUCUUGAGGAACAAGCUAUUGUUGGUGGCCUCCGUAAUUCAGGGUCUGGGGUUGCUCCUGUGUCUCACCUACAUCUGCCUGCACCUCUAUGCUCAGGUGCCAUCUCAGUACCCUCCAAUUCAGAGUAUCAAAGUACAGUUUACCAAGUGUGAAAAUGAUAAUGGUUUCAUCAUCACACCCUCAAACAAGGAUGGAACCAUGAAAGUGCAAAACAACUCAAUCAUCAUCAACUGUGAUGGGUUUUAUCUCAUCUCCCUGAAGGGUUACUUUUCUCAGGAGCUCAGCCUCAUGCUUCAGUACCGGAAGGGUCGGAAACCUCUCUUCUCCCUGAACAAGGUCAAGUCUGUGGACUCUGUCACAGUAGCCGAUCUGGCUUUCAAGGACAAGGUCUUCCUGAACGUGACCACUCAUAGUGCCUCCUGUGAAGACAUUCAGGUGAAUGGUGGGGAAUUGAUUCUCAUUCAUCAAAAUCCUGGUGGAUUCUGUGUCUACUGAGGACUUGAUAGCAGCCCCUAGGCCAGCAUCAGCAUGAACUCCAAACUGUGGGUGGACAGGACACUGGUUCUUCCUUGGGAGUGGAGGAGUCAUCCCAGCUCACCUCUCACAUAUGGCCACAUGGGAUGUAACCAGAAGCAGAUUACUCCCUCCCCGACUCAGGGAUAUUUAAAACUUACUUUACAUACCAAUUAAGUUUAUGUAUUUAUCCUCAUACCUUCUAAAUCACCUAUCCCUCAUCUCUCAAGAUUGCCUCAAGCCUGUUGGGCACCUCCAUUGAGAAUGAGAAAAUAGGUGCCUUUUCCUCAAGACGUGUUGCUUCUGUUGGUCAGGAAAUUAUCGUAGUAAACUUUAUUGAAAAAGACACCUGACUACCAUUUGCUGGAUCUCUGACACUGGCGUUGUCAAAAUGAAGAGGACCAAGGAGGGAAGUUAUGAAUCUGCCAAAGGUGGCGUGGACUGACUUUUGGCGGCCAAAAGUGCCUCUCCAAGACAAAACUAGUUGAAGUUUGCAUAUGGCCUAAAUUCCCGUCUCAUGUGGUGGAGUUCAGAAGGAAGAAUAACUUGUGAACCGCUGUCAGGACUUGAUGAAGAGAGCCGGUUAAGGGAUACUCUGUGCUCUGGAUGUUUUCCCUCCACUUUGCUUUCCCACCCUCCAAAUGUUCUUGAUAGAAAUUUCCCUUCAAAGAACCAUCCUGAGGAUGUGAUGCUGUGAAAAAUCUAAUAAGGGAUUUAAGGGAAACUGGGAGAGAUUUUUCUAAACUAGGAGAGUGAGAUAAUUUGUUGUGAGAAUUUUCAUUACCACACAGGAUAACAGUGAAACUGAACCUCUCAGGGUAAAAGUCUGGGAAUUUAAAUAGUUUGGGGAGGAAAUCACAUUCUUUGCCACCAAGAGGCAAAGUAACACAUGUCUAUUCUCCAUACCGAGAUACAUGCUGCCCUCAACACCUUGAACUUGAGUGAUUAUAUUGUCAACUGCAGCCUUAUGUGGGAAGACAUUGAGAUGCUAUUACAUCUUAUGAAAAAUAAUUAUCUCUGUGUAGAAACACUGUAAUAUAUGAUCUCGCACUGAUAACUGAGAUUAGAAAGACAAAUAAUCAGCCAGUACCAAGGCUUUCAAGGGAAUAAGAUCACCUUAUGUUUAGUUUAAAUGUCCCUCUUAACAUAUCUGGCAUUGUGGACAAACAUGGUUUUUCUUAAGUCAAAUUUCUAGAUGAUUUGUAAGUUUUCUGUGUCAAAACUUUUGCAGAUUUAAAAUUUUGAUGUAAGCUUUUUAAUGGUAGCAGAUGUUUCCCUGCAAUUUUAAAUAAGAGUGUAUACCUAUCAUAGACUAUUUCAGGAUGAUUCUGGGUCAUCGCAGCAGUUGUACUGUGGUGCAAUACAGUAUUAUCUUCAGGAUCUCCAGAAAGGUGGAAGGCAGUUUGGCCCCACACUAAAUGGCCUCGAUUACAUUUGGAUUUUUUUCUUGUCUGUUUGACACAAUUUUCCAUCUUCAAUUAAGUGCCUAUCUCCAACUAGAUUUCCACCACUCUGUCUUAAUCUGUUACAGACACAAACUGAACAAAAUGCUAAAUUAAAGAAACUGCAUCAAGUAAGAAUAAUCAAACUCUCAGUGGCUGCCCAGGCACUCAUGUGUUUAUACGCAUCAUCAUAGGUUCAUGACUAUGGAGGGCCUACUGUGGACCAAGCAUUGGACUCAGUGCUUUACAUGAGUUGUUUUGAACAAGAUGUUCAGUGAUACCUGUCUUGAUUACUCAAAGGAUUUAAGUGUGUGUAUGUCUGCCCAAACACAUGGCUGUAUGUACUUCUUUGUUAUUGGCUAUGUUCUGCAAAGUCAAAGUUACCCAAUUAGUGAUAUCUAAUAAGCAAAUGUUUAUGACUAUAGAUAAUAUGUAAGAAAACUUAUGCUUACUUUUUAAAGUGUGAAAUUUUUGACUAUUCUUCUUCUGGACAUACAUGUUCUAGGCCAAAGCUAGAACGUUUUGUGGGUUGGUUGUCUUUGGUGUGUUGUCAUGGCCCCUCCUUCCCAGGUGCCCACUCCCUUUGGGUACACAUGGUUUUCUCUUUCCAUGCUGGCUUCCUUCAGCCACACAGGGACAUUUCUGCUAUGCACUGGACUCACUCUUCACCUUGCACUCAUCAAAAUAUGUGUGUUCAUUUUAAGCCAUUCCUUCAAAAGGAUAGUUACCUUUCUCUGAAAGCAGUGGAGUUUUGUGGAAAAGAAAAGUCGUGAGAUUGGAAUUCUAAUUUUGACUCAGUCACUAACUAGCCAAGGGAUCUUGGACAACUAAUUUCCCAUUUUUGGAUCCCGCUUUUCUCCCUCUCUUGUUGAAUGAUCAUUUUAGAAUCUUACGCUCAUAAUGCUAACUAUGAAUGUACAGGUACUGGUUGCUAUGAGUCAAGAUUUACAAUCUUUUACUGUAUAGGAUUUUUUUUUCCUCAGGCAAGCAAACAUUUUCCCUCAGCCUUUUUUGGUGAUUCCUUUGAGAGCAGGUGCCAUUUGCUACUUGGUGACUUUCUGUUUAGUGAAUGGCUUAAGAGAUUCCAAUUUUGGUCUAAAUCAUUAUUUGUUCUUAAGUAUACCGGGCAGGUCCCCUAUUUUAAACAAUUGUUUUGUAUUUAGUGCUCUCCUGGCUCUCAGAGAGUAUUAAUAUUAAUAUUAAUAAUAUAGCUAAUAAUAAUAUUGAUAUUUAC